AGGAACACAGAGAGAGAGAGACAGAGAGAUAAGGAGAGGGACAAAAAGAGAAAUAGGAACACGGAGAGAGAGAGAUAAGGAGAGGGACAAAAAAGAGAGAAAUGGGAACACAGAGAGAGAUAGAGAAAGAGAGAGAGGAUGAAUGAGGGGCAGAGAAAGAGUCAGAUCUGCACACUACUGCGGGUGCUUGAGUGUUUAGGUAUGUUAUUUAGUAACCUUAAGUAAUAUACGGAUUUGGUUUAACCCUCUGGUUUCUCAGUGGGAACAUCAGCAGGGGGUCUUUCCUUCUUUUAUCCAGAGCACUGAAGCCUAAGAAUCUUUAGUCAUGUCCUCUGCUGGAGCUCUAGAGGCGGUGAACAUCCUGUGGAGGAACAACAACUUCAGCCUGCUCAGUAAAGAUGCUCCGCUAUCUGACCAGGGAGACACCAUCAUCGGAGUUUACCUGCUGCUGCUCGGUUGGCUGUCAUGGUUUGGAAACAGUAUAGUGAUCUUUGUCCUGUUGAAGCAGAGGGCGACUCUGCAACCUACAGAUUACCUCACACUUAACCUGGCCUUAUCAGACGCCAGCAUCUCCGUGUUCGGAUACUCCCGCGGCAUCCUCGAGAUCUUUAAUGUGUUUCAGGAUAACGGAUACCUCAUCACCUCAGUGUGGACCUGCCAGGUGGACGGAUUCUUUACUCUCCUUUUUGGCCUGGGUAGCAUUACCACGUUAAGUGCCAUCAGUGUCACUCGUUACAUAAAGGGAUGUUACCCAAGCAAAGCUCACUGUAUCACAAAGACCACUGUAGGAAUGAGUAUCGUGUUUAUAUGGAUUUCAGCUGUGUUUUGGUCUACAGCUCCACUGGUGGGCUGGGGAAGUUACACAGAUCGAGGGUAUGGUACCUGUGAAAUCGACUGGGCCAAAGCGAAUUACUCCACCAUCCACAAAUCCUACAUCAUCACCAUCCUGAUCCUUUGUUUCUUUGUUCCUGUGUUGAUCAUGCUGUUCUGCUAUGUGUCCAUCAUCAACACUGUGAAGAGAGGAAACGCCAUGUCAGCAGACAGAGACUUGUCUGACAGACAGAGAAAGAUCGAGAGAGAUGUCACCAUAGUUUCAAUAGUCAUCUGUACAGCGUUCAUCCUGGCCUGGUCUCCGUACGCCGUGGUGUCCAUUUGGUCGGCGUGCGGCUUCCAUGUUCCCAGUCUGACCAGCAUCUUUACCCGGCUCUUCGCCAAGUCUGCAAGCUUCUACAACCCGCUCAUCUACUUCGGCCUUAGCUCAAAAUUUCGAAAAGAUGUUGCUGUGCUGCUGCCCUGCACCCAGCAUCGCAGCAAUGCAGUCAAACUCAAACGCUACACACACAUGAAGGCCAAAGGAGAUGAGUUUCACAGGUACAGAGCUGAAGAAAAGGAUGUGUGUAUUCCUGCUUACCAACAAGCCAUGAAGGAGCCCCAGACAGGAAGAGAACCUAUUAACCCCAUACACAACCCUGACUCUGGGGUGUGCAGCCAUCCCCGCACUCCUCCUCCACUCAGCCAGCAGGUGCAUCUCAUUCAGAUGCCCCAAACAUCGGAAUCCCUUGAAUAUGAGUCUGACAGACUGUAGAAUGUAGUGAAUCAUUCUGUAACUAUUGCUUUGAAUUUUAAACCAUAAAAAAAUGACCAGAAAGACUGAAAAGAUAUUUUCUAUAUGUACUGUACUAUAUGUAAGUGAUUUAAAAAAAAAAGAAACUUAAAACAUUUGAUCCAUCUGUUUUUACUUUCUCUUCAUCAAUAUACCUAUUUAUUAUAUACACACAAUGCAGUUUGAUCACCUGUGGAUAACUGUGCCAAUGGUAUUUAGCCCUAAAUUUAUUUCUACUUAAAGAGAGAUGCAGCAGAACAUUUAUCUUUUAGUGCUCCUCUAUCACUGUCUUGUUCAUGCACACUGUGCAAGCAGAUCUUUCAAAGCUUUAACUUUAAAGUUGAUUCCUCAGUCAGUGCCAACAUGCACAUCACCUGGUAGAUUGCUAAAUAGCUGACGUGGACAUUGAAUGUUGCUGGAAAAUAGUGAGUGAGAAAACAAGCGAUUUUUAGGAAAACAUGUCACUUUUAAACAUCCUUAUGUUUGAGA